AUGUUCUCCCUCCAAAGUUGUGGCCGCCGGGUCGCAGGUUCCUUCACCAAACAGCACUUGGUGUUGGCGCCGUUCAGGGGUGAGAGCGGGGCGUCCAGGUCUUCGCAUUUUGAUGUUGUAGUUGUCGGCGGAGGACAUGCCGGGACAGAAGCAGCCGCCGCCGCCGCUCGGUGCGGCUCCCGGACUCUGCUACUCACGCACCGCGUGGACACGAUCGGUCAGAUGUCUUGUAAUCCUUCGUUUGGAGGCAUUGGAAAGGGACAUUUAAUGAGGGAAGUAGAUGCCUUGGAUGGCCUGUGUUCUCGCAUCUGUGACCAGUCUGGUGUACAUUACAAAGUAUUAAACCGGCGUAAGGGACCAGCUGUGUGGGGUCUAAGAGCUCAAAUUGACAGGAAACUCUAUAAACAGAACAUGCAGAAGGAAAUCCUCAAUACGCCACUGCUUACUGUCCAGGAAGGAGCUGUAGAAGAUAUUAUUCUUAAAGAACCAGAGCCUGAAUACACAGGGAAAUGUCGUGUUAGUGGCGUAGUUUUGGUGGAUGGAAGCACAGUAUAUGCAGAGAGUGUGAUUCUGACUACUGGCACGUUUUUGAGAGGCAUGGUCGUAAUUGGAUUGGAGAUGACUCCGGCAGGACGUUUAGGGGAUCAGCCUUCAAUAGGGUUGGCUCAAACUUUGGAGAAGUUGGGGUUUGUGGUGGGGAGAUUGAAGACUGGUACUCCACCCCGAAUUGCCAAAGGUUCCAUUAAUUUCAGCAUUCUAAACAAGCAGAUGCCAGAUGAUCCAUCUAUACCAUUCAGCUUUAUCAACGAGACAGUGUGGAUUAAGCCAGAAGAUCAGCUGCCAUGUUACUUGACUCACACCAACUCUAAAGUGGAUGACAUUGUCCUCAAGAACCUUCACCUUAAUAGUCAUAUUAAGGAAACUACAAGGGGGCCUCGAUACUGCCCCUCCAUUGAAUCAAAGGUUUUGCGUUUUCCAAACCGUGUGCAUCAGGUGUGGUUGGAGCCUGAAGGAAUGGAUUCUGACCUUAUCUACCCCCAAGGUUUAUCUGUAACACUACCAGCAGAGUUACAGGAGAAAAUGCUCACAUGCAUCAGAGGCUUGGAGAAAGCUAGGAUGAUUCAGCCAGGUAAAGAGGGUCAUAGCUUCUUUUGGUGUACACUCAGCAUCAUUUUAGCAGGCUAUGGCGUUCAGUAUGAUUACUUUGACCCCCGUCAGAUCACUCCUUCUCUCGAGACUCAUUUAGUUCAACGGCUCUUCUUUGCUGGACAGAUAAAUGGCACCACUGGUUAUGAGGAGGCUGCAGCUCAAGGUGUGGUAGCUGGAAUCAACGCCAGUCUUCGGGUCAGUCACAAGCCUCCUUUUGUCAUUAGCCGAACAGAAGGCUACAUAGGCGUUUUGAUUGAUGACCUCACUACAUUGGGCACCAACGAACCAUACCGCAUGUUUACUAGCCGAGUGGAGUUCCGUUUGUCACUGCGCCCUGAUAAUGCUGACAGCAGGCUCACAUUCCGAGGGUAUAAGGAAGCUGGCUGUGUGUCCCAACAGCGAUACGAAAGGGCUUCUUGGAUGAAGUCUUCUUUAGAAGAAGGCAUUUCUGUGCUGAAAUCUGUUGAGUUUUCAAGUGCUAAAUGGAAAAAGUUAAUCCCAGAGGCUUCUAUAAGUAUUAGUAAAAGUCUCUCUCUCAGUGCUCUAGAUGUUUUGAAAUAUGAAGACGUUGACAUGGAGUUAUUAGCCAAGGCUGUUCCAGAGCCCUUGAAGAAGUACACUGAAGAUAGAGAGCUGGCUGAAAGACUGAAAAUAGAAGCCACUUAUGAAUCAGCAUUGUUCCAUCAGCAACAAGAAAUAGAGGAAGUUCAGCGAGAGGAAGCCCUCCAGCUGCCAAAAGACUUAGAUUAUUUGACUCUCAGGGAUAUUUCUUUGUCACAUGAAGCUCGAGAGAAAUUACAUUUCAGUCGCCCACAGACGAUUGGGGCUGCUAGUCGUAUACCUGGAGUAACACCUGCUGCCAUCAUCAAUCUGCUCAGAUUUGUGAAGACCACUCAUCAGAGAAAAGCAGCUAGGGAUGAAUUGCCUAAAACUGGUUAA